ACUUAGCUGUUAUGUCACGUGGCGCGUCUCCUCUCAUGACCACAUUGGGUUCAGCAUGGCGCCUCCUACACCGCACUUAGCAGUUAGAGGGUCAGAGGGGACAUUUCUGCUGCAUGGACCACCGAACUGUGCGGAAAGUGCAACUUUCCACCGAGAUGCCCAGCAGAGCAAGUAUAUCGCAUUCAGCAGUGAUGGCACCUUGUUUGGCUGGUGCAAUGGGGAGAAGGUCAAUGUGGUUAAAGUUUUGAGUGGAGAGUUGGUGAAGUCGUUCGAUCUGCCGAAAACAGCAAUGAUAGAGUUCUCUCCUCAGAACAAAGUGCUCGCCACGUGGAAGCAGUACACCAAAACGCAGGAUAACCCUCAGGGUGAGGCCAAUCUACAGCUUUGGGACCUGCAAACAGGAGCCUGCAUCAAAACGUUCUACCAGAAGAAGGUUCAGGGCUGGUGUCCAAGUUGGGCAGAUGAUGAGAGCAUUGCAGUGAGAUGUGUUAACAAUGAACUUCAUUUCUUUGAGAACAACAACUUUGAAACAAUAGCCAGCAAACUUCAUCUUCAGAAGGUGUCUGAAUUUGCUCUGUCUCCUGGAAACCAGCCGAGCAAGGUAGCUGUCUACGUUCCUGGUAGCAAGGGUGCCCCCUCUUUUGUCCGGCUUUACCAGUACCCUAAUUUUGGGGGUCCCACCUCCGCUCUGGCCAACAAAAGUUUUUUCAAAGCAGACAAGGUGACCAUGCUGUGGAACAAAAGAGCCAGUGCAGUUUUAGUGACCGCCAGCACCGAAGUGGAUAAAACUGGUGCGUCAUAUUAUGGAGAGCAGACUUUACACUACCUCGCCACUAAUGGGGAAAGUGCAGUGGUGCCGCUACCUAAGAAUGGCCCUAUUUAUGACGUGUCGUGGAGCCCCAACUCUACAGAGUUUUGCAUUGUGUACGGCUUCAUGCCAGCCAAAGCCACAAUCUUUAACCUGAAGUGUGAGUCUGUUUUCGACUUUGGCACGGGACCCCGCAACGCUGCAUUUUACAGCCCCCAGGGCCAUAUCCUGGUCCUUGCAGGAUUUGGAAACCUGAGAGGGCAGAUGGAAGUGUGGGAUGUGAAGAAGUAUAAGCAGGUUUCCAAGCCCCAGGCUGCAGAUACCACCUUCUUCUCCUGGUGCCCUGACGGUGAGCACAUUGUGACGGCCACCUGCUCGCCCAGACUCAGGGUCAGCAACGGUUACAAAAUCUGGCACUACACCGGAACGGUCCUCUAUAAGCAGGAUGUGCCGGCUGAUAAAGAGCUUUGGGAGGUUCUCUGGCAGCCUUUCCCUGCUGGAACAUUCCCAGAGAAAGCAAUGAAGUAUCAGGCAGCACCCAGUGAGCUGGGCAGCACUGAAGCUAAGCCUGCCCAGGCCUACCGACCUCCUGCCCUCCGCAACAAACCAGAGACCAGCAGCUACAAACUGCAUGAAGAGGAGCCACCUCAGAACAUGAAGUCUGCUGGAGAUAAGCCAAUGUCUAAGACUGCUCUGAAGAACCAGAGGAAACGAGAGGCAAAGAAAGCAGCUAAACAGGAAAACAAGGCUGAUGACGUAACUCCUCCAGUGUCAGAGCCUGCACCUGUACAGCAGAACACUCCUGUAACAUCUGGAGAGCCUGACACUGACAAAAAGAUCAAGAACUUGAAAAAGAAACUUAGAGCAAUUGAGGAGUUGAAAGAACAGCAAGCGGCAGGCAAACAAAUGCAGAAAAAUCAGCUGGAGAAGAUGCAGAAGGAGGCACAGCUACUGAAGGAGCUUGAGGAGCUGGAAUUAGGACUGUAAUUAGGACAUUUUCCCCAUUACAACCCAGUCAUGCCGCUACAGAUCUGUGUGUGAAUGGGCAAAAGGAGGUGAACCAGAGGACAUGCUGGUCUCAGUUCAACCUCAGUCAAGCCCACAUAAACAUAAAAUUCAUGAUGAACAGGAAAUCAGAUGUUGCAAUUCAUUCUGUCUCUUGAAACACAAAGUUGUUACCAAAACUGUGGCCUGCACCUCCGAAGGCAUUAUUGCUAUGCAAUGUCAUGUACAGUUAAUGAGGGAGGUAAUGCUGAUCUACAUGUGGGGUGAAACCAGAAGCUUCACUGCAGUGCACACAUCAACAUCUGGACUCAUGUCAUUUAUAUGGAAUGGUAUUUAGUUUUUUUGAACUGAGGAAAUAAUUUUGGGUUUUUGGUUAUUUUUGUCUCUUCAUGCAGCCAAAAUAAAGACUAAUCAUA